GGAGAGACAGUUGGAAAGCGUGAAAUCGACAAGGAUUGCUUCUUCACCUUCUCUCUUUCUCCUCAAAUAAGCCUUUUCUGUGUCUUGUUCUGUUUGUGAGGCCGAGAAUCCGAGGUAUUGAGCGACGGAAAUCGUCGCCUGCUUCCUUCAUCUUCUGCACAAUGGGGAAAGAGAGAUCAGGUGGUGCAUCGGGAGAGAAGAACAACAAGAUGCUUGUUGGGGUGGUAUGCAACUUCGCUGCUGAGCUGAAGCUCUUGUUAACCGCACUCCUUAUCCUUUGCACUCUGGCUACCCUCCUCCAGUUUAUCCCCUCACGCUUCUCCAUAUCCGCCUCUGAUCUCCGCUUCUGCAUCUCACGCAUCGCCGCCGCCGACCCCCCGGCCAACUCUACUACCACCCUUGCUCAACCCUCUCUUUUUCCUAAUUAUACCAAAACACAAGUAGAAAGAAACCCACAAACAGAUGAGGUCCUCCCCACCGGCAUCAUACGCCGCGCAUUCAACCCCUACGGUGCAGCUGCCUACAACUUCAUCAACAUGGGCUCCUACCGAGGCGGCCCUGACACUUUCGCCAUUGUGGGCCUCGCCUCCAAGCCGCUCCACCUCUACGCCCGUCCCACCUACCAAUGCCAGUGGCUGCCUUUUGAUGAUAGGCGUAGUAAAGAAAACAACACCAACAUCACUAGUAGCCUUACUUACAAGAUCCUCCCUGACUGGGGCUAUGGCCGCGUCUACACUGUUGUAGUGGUGAACUGCACAUUCCCCCAGCCCACAAACCUCGACAAUUCUGGAGGGACUCUCGUUCUGCAAGCCUCCACAUCCGGAGGAGGUGACUCCAAAUUUAACCUCACCGACACCAUCCCUGCCUUGACAGAACCACCCGGCACCUUGAACCUUUCCCUCUUCACCUCCAGACCCAAGUACGAUUACCUUUACUGCGGGUCCUCCUUGUACGGGAAGCUGAGCCCCCAGAGAGUGAGGGAGUGGGUAGCCUACCACGUCAGGCUGUUCGGAGAGAGGUCUCAUUUCGUUAUACACGACGCUGGUGGGGUCCACGAGGAAGUGUUGGAGGUCUUAAGGCCAUGGAUGGAGCUUGGCUACGUAACGCUUCAAGACAUAAGGGAGCAGGAGAGAUUCGAUGGGUACUACCACAAUCAAUUCAUGGUGGUGAACGAUUGCCUACACAGAUACAAGUUUAUGGCAAAGUGGAUAUUCUUCUUCGAUGUGGAUGAAUUCAUCUAUGUGCCUCCCAAGAGCACCAUUCGUUCGGUGCUGGACUCCCUUUCCGACUAUUCUCAGUUCACUAUUGAACAGAUGCCUAUGAGCAGCAAGCUUUGCCACACUGUUGAUGCUGCUAAACGUAACAGGAAAUGGGGUUUUGAGAAGCUUGUGUAUAGAGAUGUGAAAAAGGGAAUAAGGAGGGACCGCAAGUACGCAAUUCAACCACGCAAUGUGUUUGCCACCGGGGUUCACAUGUCACAGAACCUAGCGGGCAAGACCACUCACAAGACUGAGGGCAGGAUCAAGUACUUCCACUAUCAUGGAACCAUAGCAGAAAGGCGUGAGCCAUGCAGAUACCUGAUUAACUCCACGGAGAUCAACUAUGAGAAAACCCCUUAUGUUUUGGACACCACCUUGAGGGAUGUUGCUGGGGCUGUCAAGAAAUUUGAGCUGAAAAUGAUUGGACCUAGGUUACAAAACACUCGCCAAUAGUAACAGCAGUUUUGCCUUGGGUUCCUUUUUUUUUUUUUUUCUCCUCCCUUUUAUUUUCACUUUGUGGUUAUUUAAUUACAUGGCUGGGUAGAAGAGAGGAAUUUAUUGGGGUAGUGGGGUUUCUGUUUUUUGUAUGAUAGAUUUCUAAAAGUACAUAGAUACAGACGGUAUAUGAUGAGCAUGCUUUAGGAAAAAGGAGAGAGUCAGAGAGAGUUGCAUUCUUUAUUUUUAUUGUAUUCAAAUUGAUAUCUUGACACUGACAAUGUUAUGCUUUUAUUAAAAAAAAAAAAGAAGAGAAAGAAUAAUUUGGUUGAUUA